CAGCGCGGCGCUGAUUGGCAGUGAGGCCUGCCCGUCAGCGGCCGCCCCUUCCGGGUGUCGGCGCGGCGGCGGGCGCAGCAUGAGGCGGGUGACGCUGUUCGUCAACGGCAGCGCCCGCAACGGGAAGGUCGUGGCUGUGUAUGGGACUCUCUCGGAUUUGCUCUCUGUGGCCAGCAACAAGCUUGGGAUAAAAGCCACCAGCGUGUACAACGGCAAAGGGGGGCUCAUUGAUGAUAUUGCUUUGAUUAGGGAUGAUGAUGUUUUGUUUGUCUGCGAAGGGGAGCCCUUCAUUGAUCCUCAGACUGAUGGGAGAGCUCAGGAGGAGCUGACAGGGUCCCACACAGACUGGCUGACUCUCAAUGUGGGAGGCAGAUAUUUCACCACCACCCGGAGCACUUUGGUUAACAAAGAACCUGACAGUAUGUUGGCACACAUGUUCAAAGACAAAGAUGCUUGGGGGAAUAAGCAAGAUCCUAGAGGAGCUUUCCUCAUUGACCGCAGUCCCGAGUAUUUUGAGCCCAUUUUGAACUAUUUGCGUCACGGACAGCUCAUUGUAAAUGAUGGCAUUAAUUUGCUAGGGGUUCUGGAAGAAGCCAGGUUUUUUGGGAUCGACUCCCUCAUUGAACACCUGGAAGUUGCUAUUAAGAACUCCCAGCCGGCUGAGGAUCACUCUCCCAUCUCUCGGAAGGAGUUCGUGCGCUUCCUGCUGGCCACGCCCACCAAGUCCGAGCUGCGCUGCCAGGGUCUGAAUUUCAGUGGAGCUGACCUUUCCCGCCUGGAUCUUCGCUACAUCAACUUCAAGAUGGCCAAUCUGAGCCGCUGCAACCUGGCCCAUGCCAACCUGUGCUGUGCCAACCUGGAGAGAGCUGACCUCUCUGGAUCCGUGCUGGAUUGUGCAAACCUGCAGGGGGUGAAGAUGUUGUGUUCCAACGCAGAGGGAGCAUCCCUGAAAGGCUGCAACUUUGAAGAUCCAUCAGGCCUUAAAGCUAAUUUGGAAGGGGCCAACCUGAAGGGUGUGGACAUGGAGGGCAGUCAGAUGACCGGGAUUAACCUCCGGGUGGCCACGCUGAAAAACGCCAAACUCAAGAACUGCAACCUGCGAGGAGCCACGCUGGCAGGCACUGACCUGGAGAAUUGUGAUCUGUCAGGUUGUGACCUACAAGAAGCAAAUUUGAGGGGAUCUAACGUGAAAGGAGCCAUCUUUGAGGAGAUGCUGACACCCCUGCACAUGUCCCAGAGUGUCAGAUAGGGGCCAGGACACGCUGAAGAGGAAGGAAUCCAAACAUUCAUCGUGACUUGCUUCACUCCUCCCCUUCCUGAGUUAAAGUCAUGGUUGUUAGCCACCUUACAUUUGCAGUAGUGCCUAGGUAAACUCUUUUUGAUCACUUUUGGGGAGGGAAUUUUUGUUUUCAGAGGUACCAGCAGAGUUUGUACCUCUGUGAGCAGAGUGAGGAAGUGAGCUGGUGCUGGAAUCAGAGAAUGUGGCUGGUUUGGGGGGGAAAGGUUCAAUGGUUUCAUUGUUUAGCAUUGCCUCACUUUGGAAUGCAUUUUAAUAUAUAAAGCACAAUAUAUGCAAUUCUAUUUAUUAAAUCUGUAGCUGCAAUAUGAAUAGAAAAUGUUACUCCUGUACAGUAGCAACCAAGUUGAGGUUUACAGGUGUAUUUGCAGUCUGGAUCCAUGCCAGGGGUGGCUCAGUGUCCCAGGGGCUGCUCAGGUCUCUGCUGGGGUGGAAGCUGAUGGGAACAUCCCUGCUCAGAAAUUGGAUAUCUUUAAUUAAUCCUCUCCAAAUGAGUGUGGAGGUGCACUGUCAGUCACAGCUGGUGACAAAAAUCCUGCUUUCACAUGUCCUGACCACUGCAGGCUGGAGUUCCUGCAGUGUUCUCACCCUUGGUGGUGAAUUCAAUGCAGAGAGGAAAGUACAGAGCUGGCACCAAAGCAGAGAGGCAGAGGGGCCCCAGCUCGUGCUCUGCCCUCCCCUCAUGACCUCAGCAGGUGAAUCUUCCCCUGUUUCCCCUCCAUGUACUAUGCAAAGACUCCCUGAAGGCUCCCUGGGCAUCGUCCUUUUCCCAGCUGGGUCUUCCUCUUCUGUUUGGCUGCUUCAGGUGGCUGUAAAGCAUCCUGGGCCAGGUGCCCUCCGUGCCCUCCCACACCUGCAGUGCCUGUGCAGGGACAGCUGGAGCUGCUUGUGUGGGGAGCUGUGCAGGGCAGAGGCCUCAGCAGCCCUGAUGUGGGUGAGGAGCUGCUUCCCUGUAGGAUCCACAGAGUUCUCAGCUCACACCACCUUUAUUUUACACACAAUCAAAAAGCACAUGAAGAAACUAUACCAAAAAAAAGAAAGAAGGUGCAUCAAGAACUUACCUCAGAUGCUUAAACCACCCCAAAGUUAAAACUAACCUUGAAUUUAAGGAAAUCAAGCUGUUACUGUAGAAAUACAAAGGAGGAAUAAGAACCAGUGGAUCCCAGCUGAGGCCCACGGGAGCUGGAGUUCCACAGUUCUUCAGGGGGUUGUCUCUCCCUUGCAGUGCAAUUUCUGUCGUCUUGUCUCAGUUGUUGUUACAAAAAUGCUGCUUUGCCACCAGUCUGGGAGGAUCAGAGAUGGUUGAGGGUCAGCAAAGGAUGUGUUUGGGGGGAACUGCAGGAUUCUCCCUCCUUUCCAAGUUCCUUUGACUCAGGCAAGUCACUGAGUGACUGAGUGAACUUUCAAGGCUCAAAAUCCCAGAGCCACGAGGUUCAGAAUUGGGAUUAUUUCCUGCAGAUCCCUCUGGAUCAAGCUCUAGGACAACACUAUAUCCUUGGAGAAAUGAUCUGUAGAUUCCAGGGAACUAUUACAGUGGGAUUUUGGAGUCCUUUCUCACACCUCAUAGCUUUCAGUGGGAAUGUUGUGUCUGUUGCAGUAGAAGAUUCCUAGGGCUAGAGAAACAAAUGAAUUAUUUUUCUUUAUCAUAUUUUGUAGCUGGCAGAAGUAAACUAUUGUAUGGAAAAAUAUAUAUAUAUAUAUCUAUAUUUUCAUAAUCACUGUGUAUAAAAUCUCUGAACUUUCACUGAAGCACUAUGGAAUAAUCACAGCAUGUGGCACCAUCAUUCACAGCUGGAUUUUAGGUACCUCUUUUGCCAGGACAGAGCUGUGUAAAGAGCCCUGUGCAGAAUUUGCAGGUUCCAGCUAAUUUAAGUUGCAUUAAUAAAAAGUGUGAAAGAAAAAA